AAAUAAAGAUAGGAGACAGGUUGUUUCGAAGCAAGGAAGUAAAAAGUACCUGUAAUAUCCAGGUAAGUAUCUCAGAUUAGCACAGAGCUUGGAGAAGAGAGAGACAGAGAGAGGAAGCCAAGAAGUGCCAAAGGAACAGAGUAAGUCCACUGACCAUCUUCAUCUAUCUCUUCAUCCAAAGCAAUGGCCAUCAACAGAGGGGCUGGUGUCGCUGUGUGGGUGGUCUGCAGCGUUCCACUUUCUGGGCUGGAGAGUUAAGGCCAGUUCUUGACUCUGCUGGGCAUGUAGGACAAAAUGAUGUCAUCCAAGCCAACAACCUACCCUGGAGUGUAUGGAACCACACCUGAUCUUUACCCACCAAGUAACUUUAUGGUGCCUGGGUCUCAACAACCCCCAGGGUUCAUCAACCCACGAAUCCAAGUUCAGAGUAGCCAGGCACCUUUCAUCGUCUCUCCAGGAAUCCCCAAUAACAGUCAGCAGGUUCAAGGAAAUAUACAAAUGGUAAAUCCAGAUACAGGAAAAGCAGCCACAAACUUUAAAGAAGAAGCAAAGACACUAGGGGCAAUCCAGAUCCUGAUUGGAUCAAUGCACAUUGGCUUCGGAAUUAUUCUGGGCUUAAUGGGCCGCACUUAUAUGCGAGUUUUGGGUUUUGCUUCCUUGGCUUUUGUUAGCGGAUAUCCAUUCUGGGGCGGCCUCUCUUUCAUUAUUACUGGAAUUCUCUGUAUUUUGGCAUCCAAGAAGUCUUCCCCUGCUCUGAUAAAAAGCAGCCUGGGAAUGAGUAUUGUUAGUUCCUUCUUUGCCUUCAUUGGGAUGAUCCUGUUGCUGGUGGAUGAAAGCAUCAACGGGCUGCCCGAGCAAGACUACUGGGCGGUGCUUUCUGGAAAAGGCAUUUCAGCCAUGCUGAUUAUCUUCUCUCUCUUGGAGUUCUGCAUAACUUGUGUCACAGCCUAUUUUGCCAGCCACACCAUCACCAACACCAGUGGGUCUGUCCUGGUUAUUCCACCUGUGUAUGCAAACAGUCCCUUGACGACAGGAUUGUCCUCAGUUCCUCCCCCAGUUCCGGCCACUUAGCUCACACCACCUAAUACCAGUAGGUAUUAAAAGAAGAAGAAGCAUCCUGCAAUUUCAUGGGGGUAGAACCGCUCUGCAGAAACUUCUUAAGAAGUUGGUCUUCGCCGUUCACAAUGAUUGCUAAUCUUUAAAGACUGUGUUUCAGGUUCUGUUCUUGGUUUGUCAUGAAUGAAAACUCUAUGGACCUCUCUACCAGUGUUUCUUCCUACAUGCCACUACCACGUGCUGGCAAAGGUGAAGGGCUGGAGGACUGGAAAUGACUCUGCAACUCUCUUAAAGUUAGAAAAUUUCCUGUUAAAGUUACCCUUCCCUCAAUAAAAUGUUACUAGGAGCAUAAA